AUGCAAGCGUGUCGACGUCCAAUUACUACAUUCCGAUCGGUCGUUGAUGUGCUUGAAUCACGCGGCAUGGUGCAGGCGACUACAUCGCGAGCACUCAAAGAACACCUAGCUAUGCCAGGCGAGGCUUCUUCCACACCUCACCAACAUAUAAAACGCACAAUCUACUCUGGCGUAGAUCCUAGCGCACCAAGCUUGCAUGUGGGCAAUUUGUUGCCCUUAGUCGCGCUCCUGCAUUGUGCUAUCUAUGGCCACAAAGCGCUUGUCUUAAUUGGUGGUGCUACGGGAGCUAUCGGAGAUCCCUCUGGACGUUCAUCUGAGCGAUCUGCACUCGGUACAGAUCAGCUCACAUCUAACGUGACUACAAUUCGUGCACAGAUUUUCCAGUUUUUCCACAACGCCGCUGCAUAUUUGUCACGAAGGAAUAUACUGCACGCUGAACCGGUACUCUUUGGUUCCUGCAACCAGCAAUCCUGGGAAAAUGAGUGUUUAUUUCAAACUGCUUUGGAUAUCCAGCUUGUCAAUAAUCUUGACUGGUUCCGCGAUAUCAAGAUGCUCGACUUCUUAUCUAGUGUCGGUCGCUAUGUCCGUGUCAAUGAUAUGAUGGCUCGAGACAGUGUUAAAUCACGCCUUUUUCCUUCGGAAGGUGGCCCUGCAACAACAGGACUCUCCUUCACAGAGUUUUCAUAUCAGCUCAUGCAAGCGUAUGACUACUGCUAUUUGCAUGAACGAAUGGGUUGUUCGGUCCAGCUGGGCGGCUCUGACCAAAUGGGCAAUAUUAUGGCUGGCAUUGACUUGAUACGCCGACAACGCGCGGCUCAUGUACAAAACGACAAGAUGAGUGAUCUGAGCAUGCGUGCAGACCCCGCAUACGGACUCACACUGCCACUUCUCAUGACAUCUUCUGGUGUUAAGUUUGGUAAAUCAGCUGGCAACGCUGUAUGGAUUUCACCCGCCUUACUUUCGGACCUUGACUUUUAUCAGUAUUUCGUGCGAAGUGCCGAUGCAGAUGUCGAACGAUACCUCACUUCUUUGACAUUCAUGCCUUUGGAAGAAAUUAAACAAGUCAUGAUACUUCAUUCGCAAGACCGAUCGAAACGCGUGGCACAAAUUUGUUUGGCUAAUGAAAUGACGGAACUCGUAAGAGGUCCCGACGCACUUCGACGCGCUCAAUUAGCGACCAAAGUACUUUUUGACACAGAUGUGAAUGCUCUUACCUUAGAGCAGAUAUUGUACGCCUUCGAAGGGGACCCACGCCUUGUGCGACUGACAGAGACUCAAACUAUGGACUUAUUACGCUUGGCUGCCGAAAUUGGUUUGGUUUCUUCUCGAAGUGAAGCACGCCGUCUUGUUCAGCAGGGUAGCAGUGGUCUUUACGUUAACAAUGUUCCAGUGAAGGAUGUACAGGCCAAACUGGAGCCAGAACACCUGCUUAAUGGGCAAUUUUUUGUGAUGCGGGCUGGUAAAUCGAAUCAUAAAAUUGUGGUGCUUGAACCAAAGUAA